AUGAUUGUUUCAGUUUCUGAAAUAAUAACGAGGGAUGAUAAAUUGAAAAUGAAGGCGGGUUAUGUAAACAGUUUUUUACGUGAAUUAUGUAUUCAACGAAACAUUGGCUUUAUACAGCAUAACAACAUCACGUGUAAUCAUCUCAAUGCCAAACAACAAAUUAUAGUGGCUGACGAUUGCGCGCUAUUAAACAUAAAAAAAUUGCACCCCACAAAAUUAUUGAUCGGACAUCUAAAUAUAAAUUCACUCAGAAGCAAAGUACUAUCCUUACAGGAGGUUGUCAAGGAUCAUUUGGACAUUCUGCUGAUAUCUGAAUCGAAACUUGAUCAAUCGUUUACCGAUGCUUCAAUUGCCUUAAAUGGUUUCAAACGUCCCUAUCGAAGAGACCGAAACAAAAAUGGCGGGGGAUUGGUUUUGUAUGUUAAUUGCGAAAUAAUUAGUAAUGCUAUAAAACUCCCUUCUUUACCUGAAGAUAUCGAAAUAGUUGGGAUCGAAGUUAUCCUUCGUGCACAAAAAUGGCCCGUACUGGGCAUUUACAAACCACCCAAUCAACGCUGCGAUUAUUUUCUUGAAAACCUUGGUAAAGUCCUAGAUUCGUUUCAUUACGAAAAUUGUAUAAUAAUGGGCGACUUCAACAGCCACGAAUCCGAAUUAUCAAUCUUAAAAACUCACUAUAAUCUUUCAAACUUAAUUGAUUCACCAACUUGUUACAAGAACCCUGCGAACCCAUCCUGUAUUGAUCAUAUAUGGGUUUCUGACAAGAAAAGGUUCACAAAUAGCUGUGCAAUAGAGACAGGACUGUCCGAUUGGCACAAACUCACUGUGACUGUUAUAAAAGCGGAGAUGCCAAAAAAGAAACCCCGCAUUAUAAAGUACAGGUCUAUAAAAAACUUCAAUAAAUCCGAAUUCCAAAAAGACCUUACUAAGUCAAUGGAGUUACAGGAAGUGAAUUUCGCAAACCUCGAUACAGCUUUUAAGAACGUAAUUGAAAAACAUAUGCCAGUGAAGCAAAAGAUGGUUAGAAACAAUCAUGCACCAUUUAUUACGAAGAGAGUACGCAAAGAAAUUAUGAUAAGAAGUAGAAAAAGAAACGUAUAUAAUUCGAAUCCAACUGCUGAAAAUUGGAACUCUUUUCGAAUUCAAAGGAAUAAGUGUGCAAAGAUUGUCAGAGAUGCAAGAAAGAUUUAUUACAGAAAACUUGACGUGUCGAAAGUUCGAGACAACAAAGCAUUUUGGAAAAUCGUGAAACCAAAUUUCUCCGAGAAAGCAAUCAAGGAAAAUAUAACUUCGUUAGUCGAAGAUGAUGCUGUUUUACGAAAUAAAGUUGAAAUUGCAAACGUCAUGAAUGAUUAUUUCGUAAAUAUCACAAGAUCACUGAAUGUAAACAACAUCCCUGAAAACAAUCCAGGAACAGCUGAUGAUUGCUCUCGUACCGAGGUUGAUGCAAUUAUUUCAAGUUUCAAAGAACAUCCGAGCAUAAAAAAUAUCAAAUCAAAAUUCUCCAAAAGUGCUGACAUGGACGAAAUGAAAUUCUGUCAUGUUUCUGUUGAAAAAUUAAAACUUUAUAUUGGUUCUUUAAAAAGUGGCAAGGCUUGUCCAGAGGGAGACAUACCUGCAGAUCUUCUCAAAGCUCACGCAAAUGUUUUUGUUAAGCAGUUGAGUCACUGUUUUAAUGACUCAGUAGAUAGGUGCAUCUUUCCUGAGUCUUUGAAAUUUGCGGAUGUGUCUCCACUCUACAAAGCAAAGUCUAGGGUCUGCAAAGAAAAUUAUCGACCAGUUAGUAAACUGCCAAACAUGGCUAAGGUGUUUGAAAAAAUCUUAUUUGAACAGAUAAGUGAGUUCAUGGAGGGGAAAAUGUCCCCUAUCUUGUCUGGAUUCAGGAAAGGAUACAGUAGCCAACAUGCUCUUUUAAAUCUAAUGUGCUUUCUUCAAAGAAAGUUAGACUCUAAAAAGUGUGUUGCUGCCUUGCUCAUGGAUCUAAGCAAGGCUUUUGACUGUAUUAACCACAAGCUACUUAUUGCUAAGCUUCAUGCUUAUGGAUUUUCUUCUAGUGCAUUAUCUUUUAUUUGGAGCUAUUUAAAGCAGCGCUUUCAGAGAGUAGGUAUUGAUGGGGUUUUUGGUUGUUGGAAGGAAAUUUUUUCUGGUAUACCACAGGGGUCAAUUUUGGGCCCGUUACUGUUUAACAUAUUUUUAAAUGAUUUUCUUUUUCAAUAUGACGUGAAUAUGCCGCCCUGCUCUGAUAUUCUAGUGUGUAACUAUGCUGACGAUAAUACGUUUUGUGCAUCAGCUGAAACCUUUCACGAAGUAAAAUAUAUGUUAGAACAACUUUUUAGGUCAGCAGCUUUAUGGUUUUCCGAUAAUGGCUUGCAAUUAAACGCAAGCAAAUGCGAUUUUAUAAUAUUCGGAAAGCCAGAAAGUCCACAAAUCCGGCAUUUAAAUUUAAAUGGAGCAAUUUUAUCUGCAUCCAAAUGUGUAGAGCUUCUUGGUAUUAAAUUUGACAGUCAACUUACUUUUGCAGAUCAUAUAAACACACUGUGCAAAAGAGCUAGCUGUAAAUCUAAUGCCCUGAAGAGAAUUUCCUGGAUUGUUGAUAAUAAACAGAAAAGUUUAUUAUAUGCAACAUUCAUAGCAUCUGAGUUCAAUUAUUGUCCUUUAGUCUGGGGAUUUAAUAGCAGGAAAUCUAUUUCAAAGGUGGAUAGAGUUUUAAAAAGGGCAAGGUCUCAGUCUAAAGUGGAAUCCAUUUCUUCUACGAAAAGAAUUCAUAUGCAACAUUGUAGACAAUUACUAAAAGAGGUCUACAAGACGAAAUGGAAAUUGAAUCCUUCCUACAUGGAAGGUGUGUUUCAGUUUAGAAAUGAUACUGGAUAUAAUUUAAGGUCAUCAAGUGCUUUAGUUAGACCUAGAAUAAAAUCUUCAAAAUAUGGGCUGCAAACAUUUGGAUAUAUAGCCUCCCAAUUAUGGAAUUCUCUUCCUGAUGAAAUCAAAUCUGCAGAGUCUUUGGUCAAAUUCUGUAGAGCUAUGGGCGAAUUUUCUUCUUUCCAAUGCAAAUGUCGGAUCUGUGCAGAAUACAUAAUUAAUUUAGGGAUUAUUUAA